AUGGCUCGAGGGAGGGGACGACCUAAGAAUAAGGCAGCUUCACCGGCGGUGCCACCGACUGUGAAUGGGGAUCAAGGGGGCGCAAUUCCUAAAGCAAGUGAAACAAUUUUAUCACAAGAUUGUGACUCGGCAACUGUUGAUGGAGAGUUUGAAACGCUUGAUGGAAAAUCUGAUUUAGAGAUUAAGACAAAGGGGGAUGCUCUUAGUGAGCAAAAACUAUGGGUGGAUGUGAUUAGCGGAAAUAGGCUACCGGAUAAUGGCAUCACGAUUGCCUACUCAGCUCCAAAAAUCGUGGAAGGUGAAAUUGAAGUGGAGAUAGAGGCUGAAGAUGUCCAAUCAAAGGUAAAAUUCUGGGAACAUACCCUCAUUAUGUAUGUGUUAGGUAAGGAAUUAAGUAUGAAUGAUGUUAAGCAGUUUAUGCUGCGAACCUGGAAUUUCAUUCAAUUGCCUGAACUGUUUUACCAUGAUGAUGGGUACUUCUUGAUGAAGUUUAAGAACAACAAGGAGAAGAAAAUGGUGUUAUUGAGGGGGCCAUACUCAAUUCACAAUAUGCCUACGAUACUUAAGAACUGGUGUCUUGAAUUCAACUUCCAAAGAGACAUGAUCCGAACUAUCCCAGUUUGGAUUAAGUUACCUAAUCUGCCACUACAAAUGUGGGGAGCUUCAAGCUUUGGGAAAAUUGGGAGUGUUGUGGGUAAACCUCUGUUCACAGAUGAAUGUACGGAUAAUAAGUCGAGGAUCUCUUAUGCGAGAAUUCUAGUUGAAAUUGACAUCACCAAGAAGCAAAAGGAGAGUGUUACCAUCAAAGAUUGUGAAGGGAAAAAAUUCAACCAACCAAUUGAGUUUGAAUGGAAACCUAAGUAUUGUGAUACUUGCCAAAAGGUGGGACACCAAUGUGAGAAAGAAAAGCCAAAAGCAGUGAAGAAAUGGCAGCCAGUGAAGGCAAAAGAGGACACUCCUGUUGCUGAGGUUAGUACACCAAAUAUCCCUAUUGAAAAUAAUACUGAGCAGUGGACUGAAGUAGCAAACACAAGAAAAUUGAAGGUUAGAGUUGUCUUCCCUGAUGCUGAGUAG